GUGAUGGCAACCAGAGCUCCGUGAUGAAUCUCAGAAGAUCUGUUCAGCUGGACUGCAUGUUGGCAAUAAAUUGAUGCCCCAAUUUAGCUCAGACUGGCUCCUAUUUGCCAGAAGUAAGUGCCUUGUUGUUUCUUCUAUAACUAACUUGCAGGAAUGGAUGUGGUAUUUUUGUGGUCCUCUACUUUUUUAUUUUGUUUUUUGUAUUUCCAUCCUUGGGGGUGCUGUGGCGGAAAUUUCCCCUCUUCCUUUUCAACUUCUUCACCCCUCCCCAUCCAAAACAGUACAAUCAGCUAACUCCCCCAACCCCCGGUCUCUCCAAAGUCCAUGCUGGCACAUGUGUUGAUUUUUUUCUCUAGAAAAGAAAGUGACCAACUGAGGAAUUGAGCAUCAUGGAUGUGGCACCAAGUCGAGACAACAAACUGAAGCAAAGAGGGUACGUUUCCUACAGCUUUCAGUUUGUGGCUUGAGAAGCUGACAGUGAGCAAUGUGUGGCCCAAUAUUGCAAGUGUGUGCUAGAAAGCAGAUAAGCAAAUGUAGAGCAUUGAGGGGUAAAUGAGAUGUGAUCCACUCCUUUAGCCCUUGUGCAGACUGAACCAGACUGGGGCUGCAGUGUACGGAAGGGUCUUUUUUACACUUUAUCCCACCACAGCCCACCAUCGUCCUGAUGUGAAUUAGGCUGCAGUAAUUUCCUUUCCAUUACAUACAGCAAACAUGGCGGCGGGAGCUGAGGGGAGGGAUAAGUUCAAACAAGGGCAAAUAGUCUAAACUUUACCCCUGCUAUUUAUUUGUUUUAAAACCACCCAACUACAAAAGGGAUAAAGACAUGAACAACAUCUCGUAUACUUUGAUCCUGACUAGUACAGGACUAGUGGUUCAAAAUCAUUGUUCAGAGAAUGGGUGCAGAGAGAGUUCUUAUUAAUGAAGGGUCAACUUCUCCAUCAAUAGUUUUGGAGGGUAGGGCCGACUGAAUGCAUUUAACAGAGUUAAAUCACAAUAUAAAACACUCAGUUGGGUAGAGUAGGGUAAGGGACAGCUAGAAACACAGAAUCAUAGAAUUAUAGAGUUGGAAGGGACCCUAUGGGUCAUCUGGUCCAACCCCCUGCAAUGGACGAAUCACAGCUAAAGAAUCACUGGCAAAAGGUCACCAAACCUCUGUUAAAACAACCUUCAGUGAAGCAGAGUCCACGACUUUCUGAGUCGGGGAAGAACAUUUUUUUUCACCUUAUCUUAGGGUAGGAAAAGGAAGCAACAAAUCCAGCUUUUAAGAGGGUAGAUUUAUAGCCUGCUCCUAUGCAAGCAGUUUCAGGUGCGGGGAGCGAUUUUUGUUUGGGGGACAAAAAUGGCCUGAGGGGAAAGGGAUAAGAUUCCUGGCCUUUCCCCACAACAUCAUGCCAGCCAUUCCCUUGCUUCUGUAGUCUCAGCAACAGCACAGUAUGAAAUAAAACAGAUUAACAAGAAUAAUGGAGGUACAUAAUGUAAUAUCCCCUACGCUGCUUUCAUAUUUUCUGUUGCCCAAUUGCACCAGGUUCUUCUAUACAAAAAUUGAUGGACAGCCAUUAGAUGUCUGUCUUUAGGCAUGAGUUGAAGCUGAGGAGCCAUCUCUUUUGCUAUCUUUGGGGAUUCUACAAUGGUACUUCCACCACCCACUCAGUCCUCACUUAGUCUCUCCCCAUCUAAACCCAGAAACUUUGAGGAAGAGAACGCUUGGCUGCAGGAGUGGAUCCACGAAGAACUUGCUCAUGGUGAAGUCUGGCAGAACCAAUAUGAGGCACUCUUGGGACAUCAGGCCCAGCUCUGCUCCUUGCUGCAGGCCAAGAGGUGAGAGGCUCUCAGAGCGGGCACCCAAAACUAGGGAUGGGGCACAGGGCAAAAAACUGUCCGUGGCUGCUCUAGAUUUGCCUACAAAGGGUGUGUUUUAUUUCCAGUUAGGUUUUUUAGGCUGUUUGGUGCCUGAACAUUAGCCAACCUUCGCAGGAAGCAGCAGCAACUAUUCCUCUGGCUGGUAUCAAGACAGUGGUGUAGCACUGGUUGCUGGUCGCCUGAUUCGCACUCCUUCAAAAAUUGUGUACUAGGGGCCACGGCUCCCGGGCACCCUGCACCAUAGCUGUCAACGUUUUCCUUUUUUAAAGGGAAAUUCCCUUAUUCCAAAUAGGAUUCCUCGCAAGAAAAGAGAAAAGUUGACAGCUAUGCCCUGCACACUACACCCCUGUAUCAAUAGAUUUUUCAGCCAUUUCCCCAUUGUUGCACUGAGUUGAAAAAGAGAUGCACUGUUACAAAGGAUGCUGGAAUAUAUUUUAGGCAGACAAGUGAAAGAGACAGGAGUCUCUGGCAGGGAGGCCAGGGCCUUACUGAGUAAGGCAAUAACUUCUUGCCAGGUCCUGGUGCACUUGAUCCUGGGGGAUACAGCUGACUUUCCCCCUCUGCAGUUUUGAACCCCUGGAGAAGAAGACCCGGGCACUGCAAGAAGAGCUGGAGGAAGCCCAGUACGCCCUGAGGGAGUUCCAGAACCGAAGCCGUCAACGCCAACUGCGCAUCCACAAGCAAGUGAGACCCUUGCAGGCAGGGACUCUUUGGGACUCCUUUAUUCUCCCCCCGCCCGACUCUUUGGUAGACCUUCGUACAGUCAUUGCUUCAUGAAAAGAAAGAGGUGUGGGGACUGGCUUUGUGGCAUGAAGCUCUAGGCACUCCCUGCAAAUUUUUGCUGGGGGGGGGGAAGGUGCCACUGGAAUGGUCCCACGGAUGAAUUGGAUGGACGUUGCAUCCCCUUAGCUCAGUGGUUUUCAACCAGUGUGGCGUGGCACCCUGGGGUGCCUUGAAUGAUGGUCAGGGGUGCCUUGGGUAGCAAUGGUCUCUGUCCCUCUUUCCUUCCCUCUGGUGCCCUCUCACAUCUCUGCCUCCCAAAGGCUUCCACAGCUGUUUGGUGCAGCAGCCCUGGCUACAAGCUCCUCAGGCAAAUGGUGCCUCUGGGGCUAGUCAGGGGGUACUGGUUGCCAGGAGCUGAGGUGGCCUUGGAGUAAGCAAGCAAGUGGGCAAGGGAGCCCAGCCAGCCAGUCCACCAGCCCUUGCUGUUGGGAAUGGGCAGACAAGUCCCAGGCCCCUGUGGGGCAGUGUGAGGAGGCACCUCUUUUUGGGGUGGGGAUGGGGGACAGAAGUAGCAGCCCAGAGGACUCCCAAGGAGAGAGGAGAGGAGCUGAAGGAACACUCCACAAGGGAGGGUGUUUGAAAAAGAGUGAGAGGCUGCCAGCUCUGCAGGCAAGGGGUCAGCAAAUGUUUUCAGCAGGGGGCCGGUCUACUGUACCUCAGACCUUGUGGGGAGCCGGGCUAUAUUUUGGGGGGGGAAAUGAACGAAUUCCUAUGCCCCACAAAUAACCCAGAGAUGCAUUUUAAAUAAAAGCUCACAUUCUACUCAUGUAAAAACACCAGGCAAGCCCCACAAAUAACCUAGAGAUGCAUUUUAAAUAAAAGGACACAUUCUACUCAUGUAAAAACAUGCUGAUUCCCGGACCGUCCAUGGGCCGGAUUUAGAAGGCGAUUGGGCUGGAUCCGGCCCCUGGGCCUUAGUUUGCCUACCCAUGACGUAUCAUAACUGGGCUCCUGAACUCUACAGGGGUGCCACAGAAAAAAUGUAGUUGGUCAAGGGAGCCGUGGACUCAAAAAGGUUGGAAACCUCUGCCUUAGCUGUUUAGAAUAUCAGUCUUUUAGCACAGAAAUCCCAUUUUCUGCCUUAAGGCAAACAUUCACAGUCCUUCUGUUCAGUAGUGUCCGCCAUUGAAAGUCAGCACCGCCCACCCUGCUUUGAAGAAGGUGACUUCAGGGAACAUCAGGGGGAAAGAGUAAAUGCAUUAUCAAAGAUAAGGACCAAUUUCCAUAUGCUGAUUUAGUCUAAAUGCCUACUUCAGGAGCGAUUGGUGUAAUUCAAUACCUCUCACUACCUCUCACUGGCUAUCACGGGUGUGUCUAUUCAGGAGCUAACUGCUGUUGGGUAACUCCAAGGCCUCUGCUGCUCUCUCUUCUCAUUGCACAGAACUGAAGGCAGGUCUGUGGGAAAGUGCCAGCCAGCACUGACUUCUAUGAACAAAGGAGGGCCAUCAACAUGAUAGAUAAGCAAGCCAAGCCUUAACAAUAUUAUCUUAACCCUGUCUGUGGCAUUCUUAUUUUAUUCCUCUUAGGUCAGCCCAAGUUCCAAUGGUGCUUCUCCUUCUGGAACGGCCCUUUGUUCCAUGUAAUGAGUUUAACAAAAAAAACAACCACAAUUUAAUCAGGACAGUUUCUUGCCUUUUUCCAGUGUGUUUGCCGGAGGGAUGAAGGGGGGCGGAGAUAAAACAAUCUUGUUCCGUUGUGUUGUGUCACUGUUGUUUAUAAGCCUCCUUCCAGUCAAAAAAAGGUCCUAGGAUCUCAGACUUUUCCCUUCAGGGACCACUUGAAAAUUGCUGAGGGUCUUGGCAGACCACUUAAUUAUUUUUCUGCCAGUUGUAACAGUGAUAAUGCACUGUGCUAGAUGCUGUGUGAUUUUAAUUAUAUUUUUAACAGCAUGCCACCUGAACGAAACUGGUCUGCAGUUGGGGAAUCCAUGUUUUAGAAUCAGCAGUUAAAGGUUUUGAAGUCCAGUGUUUUAAACAGUACUUAAAAGUGACGGCACUGUAUUUUGAAAUAUUAACGCAGCAGACAUUAUUAUAUACUGUUGUUUUCUGUGUUUCACUUCUUAGCUCAUAGCUUCUGCUUCUUCCUGGGUCCAGAGAUGUUGUUUUCUAUUUUGCACAUUUCUCCCGCUCCUUAUCUGAAUUCUUACAUACAUUUAAAGAAAAAACAAAACUAGCAUUUGGAAUUCAGCCUCUGGCUAAGAGGAACCUUCCAUCUGUGCAAGAUUAAAGGAUUCCUUCCCUCCCUCUGCAUACUGUACUGUUGUGUGGUCGUCAUGCCCCCAACUCCUUCUCCCUCCUAAGCCAAUUUUGAGGGGGCAUGCGGGGGGCGGGGGGAGAGGGUGAAAGCCCUGCUGGGCAAGUGGGACUCACUGAACUGAUGGGGUUUAUAAAAAUGAAUCUCACCCAAUAGAUUUCUAUGAUGCUACUAACAGAGUUCAGUGUUAAUAAGCACCUAAUUUAUUUUUAAAUUUGCUUUCUUUCUCCUGAGCUGGUGUAACAUGAUGGAGACACUGGAAGUUGCCUAGUGCCCAGUCCUCCUAGCUCAGGACUGUUGGCUCUGACCAGCAAUGGCUCUUCAGGCCUGAGGGGGAAGUCUUUCCUAACUCUGCCUGAAGACAUUGGAGGACUAAAUUUGGGACUGCAUGCUAAGCUAGUGCUCUGCUAAAAUGAGGAAAUAAGGUACCUGAGGUUACAGACACCUCAGGUUACAGACGCUGCAGGUUACAAACUCCGCUAACCCGGAAGUAGUACCUCGGGUUGAGAACUUUACCUCAGAUUGAGAAUGGAAAUUGCGCGGCAGUGGGAGGCUCCAUUAGCUAAAGUGGUACCUCAAGUUAAGAACAGUUUCAGUUAAUGAAUGUUAGAAUGAUGUUGGAUUGAAGUUAAGUGGUUUCUAGCUGUAAUGGUAUAAAAGAAUAUGGAAAAAUUGGUUUUUAAUACGUAAAAAUUUAAUGUUAUAAUAUAUCAAGAUUAAAGAUCAUGAUUAAAAAGGAGGGAAAGGAAUUGCUGGACUAACAAAUUGAAUUAGAAUACAAAAGAGGGAGGUAUGAGGAGGUCCGGGAAACAAGUAAAUAUAAGAGAAGUGAUGAAAAGAUGGAAUUGUUUUUAACUGUUUUUUCUUUUUUGUACUUUGUAUUUUUCCUUUUUUAUUGUUAUUUUUCUUAUUAAUGUAAUCUUUUUCUUCUGAAAUUUUAAUAAAUAUCAUUAAAAAAAAAAAGUUAAGAACAGUUUCAGGUUAAGAUCGGACCUUUGGAACGAAUUAAGUAGUUACUUGAACUUACUACUUUGCCCUAGAGAAGACAUUUCAAGCCUAGGUCCCCACAUCUGCAGAAUACUUCUACUUACUUUAUAGUAUUGCUGAAGGAUAACAAAAUGUUGUACAUGAAACAGAAGUGCUAUACUGUAUAAAUUCUGAUCAUGUUCAGGGGUAAAAUAUAAGACAUUCGCUCCAACUAAUGAGUAUGUAUAGCAAAAACAAAACAACAAGGCACAUACAGCUUCAAAUAGAUAACGUCAUGUGAUAAUACACAUUUACUUUGAUAUCACAUCUGCACCAUAAAUUUAAAGUACCCCUUUAACAGUCAUGACUCCCCCCCCCAAAAAAAAUACUGGGGACCAUGGGCAUAGCCAGGAUUUUUGUGAGAGGAGCAGGACUUUUUGGGGGGGCAGGACUUUUUGGGGGGGCAGAACCAAUGUGAUUGGUCAGUUAAGUAUUUGUAUUGUUUUACUUGAUAGGGCAGCUGCCCCCCCUUGGCUAAGCCUAUGCUGGAAACUAUAGUUUGUGAAGGAUGCUGAGAGUUGUUAGAAGACCCCUAUUUCCCACACAAAACUAUAAUUCCCAGUGUUCCCUGGGAAGAGGGAUAGGCUGUUAAACCACUCCGGGAGGGGAAAUGGGGAUCUCCUAACAACUCUCAGUACCCUUAACAAACUACAUUUCCCAGGAUUCUUGGGGCAAGCCACAACUGUUUAAAGUAGUAUCAUAGUACUUUAAAAUGUAUGGUGCGGGUGUGUGUGUGUGUGUGUGUGUGUGGCAGGAGGGGGAAAGAAUUGACAUAGAAUUAUAGAACUGUAGUGUUGGAAGUUCAUUUAGUCUAACCCCCUUCAGUGCAGAAAUCUUUUGUCCAAAGUGGGGCUCGAUUCGAACCCAUGAUUCUGAGAUUAAGAGUCCUUCCCUUCCCAUAAUCUGAAAGGGAAAGAGGAAAAUCUGUGCAGGUUUGUGUGUUUGAAUAGAACAGACUACAGAACUCAGUCUGAUCUGUAUCUGGGAAACAAGACUUAGUUAGACCUUUCCAUCUCUUCUCUAAAUUACAGCAGAAGGAAAAUCAGAGAAUGGCUGAGACUGUUAAAGAACUGGAAAAAAAGGUGAGAGCUGCUUGAUGUGGCAAAUUUAGUUGGGACCAACCAGCAUGGGUUUCAUCCGUCUUCCUGAAGGCCUUGGUUGUCCGUGCAGCAGGAUCAAGUCAUUAAACUUUUCCUAGAUGGUGCCACUUCACACUGCAAGUGAGGAAUUCACAUGUUUGAGUGGUGACCUAGCCAGCAAAGAACCAAAAACUAAUUGCAAGUAGAAAACUAGCAUGCCAAAGACAUGGGUUUAACCUUAAUCCAGGCCCAUCAGGCAAUGCCCAUCAGCUUUGAGGGCCCCCAGCCCCCUCAGAUAUUUUAUUGGUGGGGCAAAGGGACCAACUCUACUUAACACUGUGCAAGUUUUAACUGCAAAUUGUCUCAAAAUGAUUGCUGUCCUAGGUUUCAGUUCCUUAAGCGUGCUUCUCAUAACUGCUUCCCUCCAUGUGCCCAAUCAUGAAAUCUUUUGUUCUUACUAAAAUUGACUUGCAUAUUGUAAAGAAAUCAACUUUGACUUGACUAUCAUUACACAAAGGUCUUCAAGCAACAGUUGGAGGAGAAGUCCAACAAGGAUAUCCUAAAGGAGCUGAGAACAGAAGGCAAUGAGCUGAAGGUGAAAGUCACAUUCUUUGUAUGUCUUUGUAUAAGGACCAGCUGAUGGCUCUAUAUCAAUACCUAAGGCAGAUGAGGAACCUGCAGACAUCCAGAUGUUGUUGGACUCAAACCCUCAUUAGCCACACCCAGCAUGGCCAAUAGUUAAGAUGAUGGGAGGCAUAGUCCAGUAACACCUGGAGGGAUACAGGUUCCUCACCCCUGACCCUGAACUGUAAGAAAAAACAACAACGCAAACCCAGGAACAGCAGUAGAACCUAGAAGCUAAGUACUCCUUCCGAUAGGAUAGUUUACCUUCCCGCUGCAGCGGUACCUAUUUAUCUACUUGCACUGGUGUGCUUUCGAACUGCUAUAGCUAGGAGGAGCAUUCUGGAAUGUGUUGAUAGUAACAUACUUUGGGAUAUUAGUUUUGAGAAUGGAGGCAUUAGAAGUUAACAAAGGUAUUCCUGCUUUUGUUGGUGACAUGCUUGAGGGUGUGCUUUCUGCUUUUGGAGCACAGGACUUUGCUCCCAACUUGCUCAGAGGGUGAGAAAUUGAAAGGAGGUUUCCAGGGUUGCAUGCCAACUUGACUGAGACAGAAAUAGGACCCAAAGGCAGGGGUAGCCAGUCCUAUGCCCCCCAGAUGGUCAGAGAAUAGAAUUGUAGAGUUAGGAAGGAUUCCAAGGGUCAUCUAGUCCAACCCUCUGCAAUGCAGGAAUCCUGCCCACAGCCAUCCCUGUUUGGGCUUGAACCACCAGUCUUCUGGUUAACAGAUGCACUGACGCAUUGCACCAUACUCCUUCCAUAUUUCCUGACCUUUGCACCUGGCUACCUCUGAUCUAAAGGAAUAGAGAACAGCUCAGAUGGUAAGUGGCUGUGCAUUUGUUUCUGAAUGACAAGGCUGCUAAUGCAAGAAUGCUCUUUUUUUAAACCUUACUCCACAGAGGCACUUGUCUGAAUGGGAGGCCAAGUGGCAGGCAAAGAACGACAGGAUCAGACAGGUAAACUCAGAUGUAUUUGAGCUUUCGAUAUACACAUGUUCCCGGUGGUAAGUUAAGGCAACUUUGUCUCUUUGGCUCAAGGAAGGACUUAAUGUUGAAGCAAGGCUCAACUCCACAAACUGCUCUCAGGAUCUCUUAACUGCUACCAUGGCUUGGACAACGGCUCUUACAAUUUAUUUGUAGGAAUGUGUUGCAAAGGAAGCGCAACUUGAAGGCAGCAUCUAAGGCUGGAAACAGACUGUUUUUUUCAUAGUACUUAAGUACAUAAAAGAGGGCGUAAUUUUGAACAUACAGAGAUGAAUAAUAUCAUAUUUUUCCAGACCCCAUAUCAUCACUAGUAAGACUGAUUUAGUAUUUCAGGCUAGGAGGAAUGUUAGGAGUUGACGAAACUUUGUUGUUGUGGGUGGAACCUGAACAAAAGAGUUCUGUUUUGUUAUGGGUGUUUCAGAGACAGCACCAGAUUGAGAAACUCAGCACCACCAUACAAGGAUUGUCUCUGAAGAGCCAGGUAUGUCCCAACCAUCCCAGAGAAUCAUGGAUUAAUAGAAUCGUAGAGUUGGAAGAGGCCCAAGGCUCAUCUAGUCCAUUUCCCUGCAAUGCAGGAAUCUCAACUAAAACAUCCCUGACAGAUGUCCACCCAACCUCUGCUUAAAAACCCCCAAGGAAGGAGAGUCCACCACCUCCCGAGGGAGUCUGUUCCAAUGUCAAACAGCUCUUACUGUUGGAAAGUUCUUCCUGAAGUUCCUGAAGCAUGAGAAAAUAUCAACCAUAUCAAUCUUUAUUACGGUCCAGAGACCCAACAAAUUGUUACAAAGCAAUGCACAAUUCAGACAGCCUACCUCCAGGUUAAACAAGCAUUUUGUUCAGACUUAAAGAUAGGGAUCAUUGGUUCUUGCAAUCACCGAUAAAAACUUCGCCACUGCUAAUGUUCUAGCGUUCGUCCAGUCUUCCAAUAGGAACCUGACAUAGUGAGCCUCUGAUUUUCCCGGGAAAGGUAUCAGCAAGGGUAAUAUCAGUUCAGCCCUGGCUUGCUCAUAUUUCGUACAGUGCAGCAAAAUAUGUUUUAUGGAAUCGAUGUCUUGAUCACACGAGCAAAGUCUGUCCUGGUGGGGAACUCCUCUCAACCUGCCAUCCAACACUGCAGAAGGAAGGACGUUUAGUCUGGUGCAUGCGCAGUCCGUAUGGGCUGCGCCACCCAUAUGGCUAUCAUAUCUCCUCUCAUAUCUCCUCUGCGCCACCACUGGCUAUCAUAUCUCCUCUCAGUCUCCUCCUUACCAGGCUAAACGUACCCAGUUCCCUCAGCUGUUCCUCAUAAAGCUUGGACAUGCCCUGGCAAGUUCAAAGUAGUUCCAAAUUAGUUCCCGUAUUCUUGGGAAAUCCUGAACUUUUUUUACAAGCCAAAUCAUUGGACUAGGAAAUAUCAUUAAUCCUCGUCCCCAAAACCAUAACAUAUAAUAUAGUACUCAAAUUCUCCUGUCUCCUCCAGUUCAUGGCUGAUAAUUGAGCCUGCAGCCUGACUGAACUGGGAUUCAGAGAACGGAGAUUUCUAAUGUGUAAAAAACAGGUGUUGCUUUUUCUGUUUCUGUCUCUCUUAAUUCCAACAACAAAGGAGCUGCACAGAAACAUCACCCUCUUGGAGGACAGUGUGAUGGAAGCUCAACAGGAAAUGGCACUGUAAGUUUAAAGCAAUAAUGGUUGCUUAUGGUGAACUGGAGAGGCAGACUGACUAGAUGAGUGAACUGUUUAGCCAGCAUGGUCUAUGUUUAUGAUAAUAUUUUAUUCUCUUGCUAAUUAUGCUGUUUUAAAUGAGGGCCUUCUCUGUAGUGACACCCGCCCUGUAGAAUGCCCUCCCAGCAGAUGUCAAGGCAAUAAGCAACUAUCUUACUGUCCAAAGACUUCUGAAGGCAGCCCUGUUUAGGGAAGUUUUUAAUGUUUAAUGCUGUAUUGUGUUUUUAAUAUUUGAUUGGGAGCUGCCCAGAGUGGCUGGGGAAACCCAGCCAGAUGGGCAGGGUAUAAAUAAAUAAAUAAUAUUAUUUCCUUUAGUAAUGUUUUCUUUUGUCACACACACACACACACACACACACACACACACACACACACACAGUACAUAUUGUUAACUUUGCCACAUUAAAUGUGCAUUCCGUGGUUGACCUCCUCUGGAAUGUUUUAUUUUGAAAUAACUUUAAGAUGAUAAUUUAGUUUCCUGUUAAAUAUGUAGCUUUGAAUGUAUACUUUAUAUCUGUCUUUCUUCUGUAAUUUUUGUAUUCUGGAUUGUUUUAUUUGAUGUUUAAGGGGGGUGUAAACAGCUUUGAUUCCCCCCCCUAAAAAUAAAAAGCAGUAAUGAAAUGAAAUGAUGAUGAUGAUGUUAUGACAGAGGCCUGUUCAAACCCACCUGAGUGUCCUUGGACAGGGCCCUCACAAAUCUCACCAUCCGGGAAUAAUAGUUGCAGGCACCAGAGGUUGUUGAAUGUGAUGAAGUGUUCUCUCCCACUUUAAGAAUAUGAGCUGCCUGGAAAUUGUAGAGCAAAAACAGACAUCCCUGGGUUUAUUUCAGGGUUACCUGUGUGUUUUCUCUUAAAAUGCAAGUGUUUGGGGUUAGUAUUAAAGUUUGCUACAGUGUGUGUGUGUGAGAGAGAGAGAGAGGGGGGUGGAGAGAGAGAGAGAGAGAGAAUGAUUUCUAUGUUUUUCACAAGUGACAGAAGCUUGGGUAAAUGCUGCAUUGGGGACAUACAAAUCAACAUAACAUUCCCCCUAGGGUUCAAGCAGAAUCAAAGGGGAGAAAGAAGGAAGUACAAUCAAAGUAACUAUGUUUUGGGCCCACAAUAUCUCAUGCCAUAGCCGCACUGUCCUUUCUUCUCCUGCCUUCUGUUUUGCUUCUUUCACAAACUUUUCCUUUUGGAGAUGUAAUACUAUGUUCUGUUUCAGAUUCCAGAAAGAGCUACUUUCAGAACAAGUGGGGACCUCGAAUGGGGGCUUUCUUUUAGAGGAGCGAGCAUGUGACCAGAUGGUAUGAGGGGCACAAAUUAUAUGCUCAGAGUGCAGGGGGCAUGUGAGUCAGGGGAUGUGACGUUUGUGGUUUACGUGAAAUGUUUAUGGGCUCAAGUCAGUGCCAUUCUUGGGGUUCAGACAGAAUGGAAGGGGGAAAUGAUAGCAUAUACGGUAAACCCUGCCUUAGUACCCCAGAAACUUCAGAAUCCAAGCAGCACAACUGAGGUAGCAGAGAAUCAAAUCCUUCAGUGUUCAACCUUGCCACAUUUCUUCCUGUCUGACUCCUUGUUGCCAAAAGGAAGGUGUAAAAAUAUACAUCAGGGGUGAGAAGCCUGUGGUCCUCCAGAUGUUGAUGUAUCUGGAAAUAAAACUCAUUCCUGGUUCACUGCCGGGGUGCCAGAUUCCUCGCUCUAGGGGGCAUUCUUGGUCUACAGCAGAAUAUAGGGCUUUUCACAGUACACAUGCUCAGCCAAUCACUUGAAUCUCAACAUAUGCUUUUUUUUUGUUCUUCCAGAAAAGGCUUCCAUGUUUGGAACUAAACAGAAUCAGUUUCAAAGAGCAGCUCCCUUCCUGGUAAGUGAUCAAACGGAUUAUCAGAGAAUAUCAUACAAACAAGGGAGGACACAGCGGGGUGAGAAUUUCGGGGUGAGGAGAAGAAGAGAAGGCACAGACAUUGCGCGCUGAUGUGGUCAGUUGGUGGUUUUCAGGUUGGGUCCAAGGGAAUAUUAGCAUUCUUGCAAAGAUCAGGGGUUUCUCAGAGAGAAGAUACUGAAAAGCAGGAUCCCCUGGAAGACACUUUGUCCAUACAAUCAGGGCCGGAUUUAGGUUUGAUGAGGCCCUAAGUUACUGAAGGUAAUGGGGCGCUUUAUAUAAUCAACUGUCCUUUGUCAACAACAAAUUGUCACUGUUUUUUGUGUUGAAUAUAUGCUAUAUGGUAAUUUAUCAACCCAAUAGGUAUCUAAAGCCAUUUGCACAUGUUGCCCUGCAACCAGUCUGUGCAGAAGGUAGGCACCCUAUAUACAGAAAUGAGCAAACAAGUGAUAUUUUAGGGAGCCAGCUAGCAGGCAGGGCCCAUGACUUACAUCAUAGGAGCCUAAAAGGUAAAGGUAAAGGGACCCCUGACCAUUAGGUUCAGUCGUGGCCGACUCUGGGGUUGCGGUUUCAUCUCACUUUAUUGGCCGAGGGAGCCGGCGUACAGCUUCCGGGUCAUGUGGCCAGCAUGACUAAGCUGCUUCUGGCAAACCAGAGCAGCUCACAGAAACGCCAUUUACCUUCCCACCGGAGUGGUACCUAUUUAUCUACUUGCACUUUGACGUGCUUUUGAACUGCUAGGUGGGCAGGAGCAGGGACCCAGCAAUGGGAGCUCACCCCGGGAUUCGAACCGCGACCUUCUGAUUGGCAAGUCCUAGGCUCAGUGGUUUAACCCACAGCGCUACCUGCGUCCAACACAAAACACUGUUGCUGUAUGUAGGUUUUAUUUUAUUUGUUUUUUAUCUUAUAUUUUGGAAAUGUACACCCAGUUUUUUUCCCCUUUAAUUUUUUUGGGGGGCCCUCUUGGGGCCCUAAGCUAUAGCUUGUUUAGUUUAUACGUAAAUCUGGCACUGCAUGCAAUACUGUCUCCCGCAAAUGUUAGGUGGACUCAAGGGUAUAAUCUCAAUUCAUGUGGUAGACUUGACUAGCAUGCUUUGUGAACAGUUUGUGUGCCUUACUUAGAACACUGCUCUGAAUCCCAUGCAGCAUGUAGGUGUUUCUUAGCAGACAAGAACUCCCCAAAGACAGAACCACCGAGAACCAAACCAUCUUGUGCAGCUGACUUUGCGUUUGGUGUCUUGUUUCUGCUUGUAGGUCAUUCUCCUGCAUCUGUCCCCUGCGCCCAACUCUCCGGGACGCAUGUACCUUGCUGUGGGCAUUAGCCAAGGCCUUGCUCCUGAUCUUGCUGUUGGCUGUGGGCUUCCACUUCCUCCAAGGCUGGUUCUCCAGCCAGCCAUGUCUGCAGAUCUAUUCAGCUCCUUUGCUUUAUAUCCAGCCCAAGAGGUUACUGCCCCCUUUAACUUCGUGAAGGCAACUAGGCUUCUGUGGUUGAAUGUCCUUUAAUAAAGUUUAAUAAGAAGAAAUCUGAAAUCCACCAUCAAACACC